AUUCAUACUCCCUUCGAUCUGAUUUUUAUGUUUUAUACUUCAAUUUUAGAUUCCCCUGUGCAAUUGAAGGGGUUCAAUUUUAUUUUUUUUAGAUUAGGGCUUGAAAAACUUUUGAGGUGUUUAUAAAGAUUUUGAUGGUUACUGUGUUCAAUGUUGAGUAUUGGAAACUUGGAUUCGUGUGUUGUUUCUCUUCGUUGCUUUUUAAUGCUAACUUGCUUCUGAAUGGAUGAAUGAUAAUCAAGUUUUCUAUUUGAGUUGAGCCUAUGUUUGGGAAAGGUUGUUUGUGGUUCAGCAUUGAGCUUUUGGUGAUUCCUUUGCCUGCAAAUGCAAUAUGUUUGGUGGUGUUGCUUUAAUGCCAAAUUGAUUCUGUAAGGAUAAAUGAUUAAGAAAUCUUUGUAUUGGAGCUGAUGUUUAGCCUAUACUUUGGCAUCGGUGGUUCGUCAUCUUGGUUCAGCAUUGUGCUGUUGGUGAUUCUUAUAUAAAUUACUCUAUAAGAAGGUAAUGAUAUUACUGCUUGCCACUUAUUUUGUAGAGUUGUAAGGAAUGACACUUCUUUUGCUCAUAUAUCAUCCCUUUGAGAUCUUCUCUGAUGCUGUGUUUUCCUUCCAAGCCAAUGGAGAGAAGCAAUUCUUUGGUUUUGGAUUAGUGAAAUCUUCUAGUAUUAAGAAUCACCACACUAAAAGCUUAGAUUAUAGCUCUGUCACAUGUAAUGUGUUAAAAAUUGGACACGCUGAUACCAUAUUAGAAAUGAGCCACUUACCCCUUACAAGGCAUCAUAAGGAGGGAGGGUUAUCCGCACUUAUAUAGAUGAGAUGGGAUUUUCACCAAGUCGAUGUGAGAGAUUUUAACAGAAUGUUAAUGAGCUAUAAUCAAUCAAUCUACAGUUUUGGGAAUUUUUCCUAAAGUGAUGCACAUCCCUUAUUGCAAUGAAAAGUUAUGCUAUUGAAACAGAUAAGCAUGUACAAAAAAACAUGUCUGUUUUCACCCCACUUACUUUCUGAUCUUAUUAGCUUGGAUUUGGAUGACAAAAUAGGAAUCUGAUGGCUGAAGAUAGCAGGACAUGGGGAAAUGCAUUAGCUAAUGGGUCACAGUUUCAUUGUUGUGGUUCAAAAUAAUCUCCUACUGGUAAGGGGAGUUGGGCAUAAAAAGAUGAAUGAUUUACCUUGAGAACACAGAUAAACUUGUGAAACUAUUUUCAUCCAUAAUUUGUAUUUUGCUUGCAUAUCCUUAUGGAACAGUUUCAGUCUGUAGACUGACUAUUAGUUCACCUCAGGAAGAAACAUGUCAUGCUUUAAAUUUUGGGGUGUCAAAUUCAUCUAUUCAUGGGAGGAGCAGGAGCUAAGAAUCUCCAAUAUCUUUUCUGUUUUGCCUAGUAGAAGUAUAGCACUGCGAACGCUUUCCUCUCUCUGUUCAAUGGAACUCUGGUGGCAUUUUAGCGAUAUGGCAUGCUGUAAGUUGGUAAGGCAAGCGCCUAUUAUGUCAGUGAUCAUGGCGGUAAGAUUCUCAAACAUUGCCUUACUGCAUUCAUGUGAUCUAUUUUCAGUUUCAAGCAGAAGGGUUUGGCAUAUUCUGUACAUCGAAUUUGCAGCCAAAACCUUGACGGGCCACUUUGAAGGAUUGUACUUUAAACAACCAAUGCCAACUGACGGAGAUCCAUGUCGAGCCACCUGUAAUGAAGGUCAACCCCUCCCCACACGAUCUCUGCUGCUUUCCUGACAUUCGUCAAGUCUUCAUUAGCAUCAAGGUUGUUUUCUAUGAAUCUAACAUAUUUAAGGCCUUGAU